CUCAUAUAUAUAUUUUUAAUUUACUUUUUUUUAUGAUAAAAAUUAAAUAUACAACAUGAGUGAACUCCAAGACAUGUUUGAAAAAUUUCCUCUAUUAUUGCCUAGUAAUGAUAACACAGUUUGGAUAGGUGUUGUAUUACUAAAAUCGCAAUACCAACAAGUAGAAAUUAUCUGUCCUAGUUUUCCCAACAUAGAAAAUAUCCAGUUCAAUAUUUCAACAUAUGAGAAUUUUAAUUUGGAUCAAUUUGAAUUGAAUAAAAUAAUAGAACAAUUUUCAAAAAAUGCAAAUGUCUUGCCUGAAUUUUUAUCCAGCCUAAUUGAUGUUUUGAAUAAAUCAACUGGUCUUCUCACUCUUCCACAAGUUAAUAUCUCUCAUAAAAUUAACCAAGAUCGUUUUUGUUCAAUUAUUCAAGAAAUCAAAAUUUGGGAUAAAUAUGUCUAUGAUAUUGAAGAGAAUUUAUGUUUUGUAACAUAUAAAAUCAACGAUGAAUCUGGGCGCCAACAUUCUAUUAAAAUACAUAUACCUAUAGAAUAUCCAGCUAUUAAAAAAUCAUUAGAAUUUGAUGCAACAAUACCAACUUUUUUUAUGAAUUCACUUUUAAAAAUAAAUAUUAUUUCUGGUUUAUUUGAAGAAUUUAAAAAUAUUAUUGCAACAUUAAGUCAUUUUUGGGACUUACAUGAUGAAAUCGUUAACACAUGUAAUUUAAUAGGAACUUACUCAUUAGCAGAUGUUAAAUAUCGGAUUCCUAUUGAGAAACAUGUAAUAGCUAUAAUUGAAAUAGAUCCAAUAAAUCAUUUAAGCUUACCAAGAAUUGAAUUAUAUGGUCGAAUUGAAGAUACUGAUAAAUUUCAGAAAAGACUAAAUAAGUUUGAAUUGAAUUCAAUUUGGAGUACAGAUAAAAGUUUCAAAGACAAUCUUAUGGAGUUAUUUGAAAUAAAAGAUUUAGCUUCACAGUAUGAAGAAAUUGAAAACCCAAUAGAAGAAUUUGAACAAAAUUCAAAUUAUUGUUUUAUAUGCUACGGUGAUUUAGAUAAAAACUCAAAAAAGCACACAAAAGUAUGUGCAAAUAAUAAAUGUGACGCUGUGUAUCAUAUGAGUUGUAUUUGUGAGUGGAUGUUAAAUUCAGGAAGUACACCAGCAUUUAAACAUUUGCAAGGAAAAUGUCCUCAGUGCGAAGAAAAAUUAUUAGUGGCUUUAGAAGACUUUGAUAUUAUGAAGAAGAAUUAAAUUAAGUACAAGCAUGAAUAUUUAUGAUUAAUAUAAUAUAGGUGUGGAUUAUGUAACCAAAUAUGAAUAUUUACUAUUUACUCUAAAAAUACAAUAUUUUAAAGACUUUAAAAAACUAUACUAUUAUUGUAUACCUUAAAUCAUAAAAUGUCUUUUGCUCUAAACAAAAUAAUUUAAUAUUUAUAAUAAACUAUUAGAUAUGUUA